UGGGGGGCUUUUGCUUUUGUACCACCAUGAUCUCCUGCAUCAUAUACAUCUUUCUGCAAGUCUGUCUCACGGGGGCUGCUGAGAGCGAUAUAGUUGGUGGUAAAGAGGCAAAACCCCACUCCAGACCUUACAUGGUAUCAAUCCAGUUUCAAGGACAACAUGUAUGCGGUGGGAUACUUAUUCAGAAGGACUUUGUUUUAACUGCAGCACAUUGCAAAAACGACCCUUGCACAGUGGUGCUUGGAGCACAUGACAUUAGUGAGGCAGAGAAUAGCCAGCAACACAUUGAAGUGGCCAAGUACUACCCUCAUCCAGAAUUCAAUGGAGAAUUUGAAGAUGACAUUAUGUUACUUAAGUUAAAAAAGAAAGCCACACUCAAAAGAAAAAUUGUGGAGACCAUCGGACUACCUAAAAAAAAUGAGAAAACACCUGCUAACAUGGAAUGUGCUGUGGCUGGCUGGGGACGAACUACAGCUAAUGGUUCUAUCUCAAAUGUUCUAAAGGAAGCCACAGAGAACAUAGAAUCCACUCCUAAGUGCAAAGAAAUUUGGCAACAAUAUUUUAAUUCUGAUAAUAUGAUAUGCACCAAUUUUACCAAAAAGAGCGGAGGUGUUUGCCAGGGUGAUUCUGGUGGACCACUUGUCUGCAAGAAAAAGCUUAAAGGUAUAACAGCUUAUACCUUGGAAACUGACUGCAAUGAUCCAGCGUAUCCCCAUGUCUUCACUAAUGUCAGUUUCUUCCUCCCCUGGAUCAAGAAAACAAUGAAAAAAUAAAGGAAUGUUGUAUGAGCCAGGAUUCACUUCAGACACAAAACAAAAAUGUUU